GCGCGCCCGAGCGUGUCUAUAAAUAUCUGUUGUGGUGUGUGGGGUUUUUGUGUGUGUAAGAGAAGGAAGAAAGCAAAAGGGAGCUUAGUGUUCAAAGGAGAGUUCAAGUUCCAAACUCUUCUGAGAGCAUUAUCAUCAAAACAUAUACUGUGACUAGCUAGAGAGAUUGUUUGGCUUUGAUUUCUCUUCACCUGAAAGAUCUGAAGCAAGCAGUACUGUGAAGAGAAAGAAGAAGCUCUUUCUGAUAGAAACAUAUAUAUGGCAGACAAUCAUGGCAACAAAUGGAAGAUGCCUCUCCUUGUUUUCUUCAAAGAUGCCAGAAAAGUGUUGAGGCUGGAUUCAAUUGGUCGGGAAUUACUGGGAAUUGCAUUUCCAGCUGCUUUGGCCGUGGCUGCUGAUCCCAUCGCUUCUCUCAUUGACACUGCUUUUAUAGGUCACUUAGGAGCUGUGGAACUUGCUGCUGCUGGAAUUUCCAUAACACUGUUCAAUCAAGCUUCAAGGAUCACCAUUUUCCCUCUGGUCAGUGUCACUACAUCGUUUGUGGCGGAAGAAGAUACUCUCAAGAAAAUUACAGACAUUGAAAAAGCUUUACCCAACACAGACAAUGAUGAGAGUAAUUUGGGAAACUCUGCGUCUGCAAACAUGGAAAUGAAUAAGAAUAUCAACAAAAACACGUCCAAGUCUUCUUCCUUGGCUGCAAGUAGUAAGAAUAAGAGCAAGAACGAGAAGAGACAAAUAGCUUCAGCAUCAACAGCUUUAAUAUUUGGGACAAUUCUUGGUCUCCUUCAAGCAUCAAUCCUUAUUUUUGCUGCAAAACCUCUUUUACUUGCUAUGGGUGCGAAACAAGGGUCUGAUAUGCUGAUUCUUGCGGAAAAGUACUUGAAAUUGAGAGCACUAGGGGCUCCAGCUGUUCUUCUGGCUUUGGCCAUGCAAGCAAUCUUCAGGGGUUUCAAGGACACCAAAACUCCCUUAUAUGUCAUUGUGCUUGGAUAUGCCCUAAAUGUGGCUUUGGAUCCAGUACUUAUAUUUUACUGCAAGUUAGGACUCAACGGUGCAGCUGUUGCCCAUGUCAUCUCACAGUACUUGAUGGCACUAGCUCUCUUGCUGAUAUUGAUGAAAAAAGUUGAUCUUUUGCCUCCUAGUAUUAAGGAUUUGCAAAUUUUUCGGUUCCUGAAAAACGGAGGGUUAUUGUUAGCAAGAGUAAUAGCAGUAACAUUCUGUGUGACAUUUGCUGCAUCAUUAGCAGCGAGGUUGGGUCCUAUUACAAUGGCUGCUUUCCAAACCUGUCAACAAGUUUGGAUGACGUCUUCCCUUCUUUCCGAUGGUUUAGCUGUUGCUAUUCAGGCAAUUCUAGCAUGUUCUUUUGCGGAGAAAGACUAUGAAAAGGCCAAAGUAGCAGCCGUGAGGGUUCUGCAGAUCUCUUUUGUGAUGGGAGCAGUGCUGUCUGUUGUUGUUGGAAUAGGAUUAUACUUCGGAGCAGUCGUCUUCUCCAAAACUCUCAGUGUUCUCCACCUCAUCAGAGUUGGCCUCCCCUUUGCAGCAGCAACACAACCAAUCAAUGCAUUAGCGUUUGUGUUUGAUGGAGUCAACUAUGGAGCUUCUGAUUUUACUUAUGCCGCAACUUCUUUGGUAAUGGUUUCGAUCGUAAGCAUUGGAAUAGAAUUUUUGAUGUAUAAGAUCAAAGGUUUUCUUGGCAUCUGGAUUGCUUUGACUAUAUAUAUGGCUCUUCGCAUGCUUGCUGGUUUUUGGAGGAUGGGAACAGGAACAGGACCUUGGCAUUUUCUUAAAGAAUAAUCAUGAUGAUACAUACAUACCAAUAAACAAUCACUGUUUCAUUAUUUAGUAGUAUCAUGGUGAAUCCAUAUACAAUUUUUUUUCUUUUUCUUCAUCCUUUUUAGACAUAAUCUCUCAUUAGAGCCUGUGUUGACUUUUUUUUUUUUUUUUAGAUUUGUGGAAUAUUGCACCGUUUACACAUAUUAUAUGGUGAUUGUAAUAAUUCUGUGGCUGUUAGAGGAUUAUUCUCAUCCUCUCAUGUGUCGUAUAUGUAUUUGUGUGUUGGACUAUUAUACAUGAUUUCUGGAAGAAAAUUCGAUAAUAUCAUCGUUAAUUAUGAGUUCAAUUAAA